AUGUCGGCCACAAACCCCAGCAAGCAGGCGCAGACGCAGGCGCGUGAGCUGAAGCACCGCGUGCUCGCGUGCCUCCACAAGCUCGCCGACCGGGACACCCACUCCGUCGCCGCGUCAGAGCUCGAAUCCAUCUCCAGAACCCUCCCUGCAGACGCCUUGCCCUCUUUCCUCUCCUCCAUCUCCGCCACCGACUCCUCAGACAAGUCCCCCGUCCGCCGACAGUGCGUCCGCCUUGUCGCCGUCCUCGCCGACCACCACGGAAACUCCCUCUCCCCACACCUCUCCCGGAUCCUCUCCGCCGUCGUCCGCCGCCUCCGCGACCCGGACUCCUCCGUCCGCUCCGCCUGCGUCGCCGCCUCACUCUCCCUCUCCUCGAACCUCACUUCAGCUCCCUUCGCCGCCGUCACCAAACCCUUCCUCGAAGCCCUCUUCACUGAGCAGGAUUCCGGCGCACAAAACGGCGCCGCAUUGUGCCUGGCGGCGGUGAUUGAGGGAUCUGGAAAUCCGGAUGUGGGGAGCUUGAGAAAAUUACUGCCGAGACUCGAGAAGCUCGCGAAAUGUGAGGGUUUCAAGGCUAAGGCGGCGAUCUUGGCACUGAUCGGAAAUGUAGUCGGAGUGAAGGGAGUUUUGACCGGCAGCAGUAAGAAUGUGAUUAAGAACUUGGUGAUGUGUUUGAUGGAGUUUCUGAGCAGUGAAGAUUGGGCUGCUAGAAAAUCGUCGGCCGAGGCAUUGAUGAAGAUCGCGGCGGUGGAGAAAGACGCGCUUUGGGAGCAUAAAGCUUCUUGCUUGAAGAGUUUUGAAGCCAAGAAAUUCGACAAGGUGAAAGCUGUGAGGGAGACUAUGAAUCAGUUGUUGGAAGCUUGGAAGGAUAUUCCCGAUUUGCCCGAUGAGGUCUCACCACUGCCUGAAUCUCAGCCGUCGUCUAAAGAAAACGCUAGUGAUGGAUCAAAAAAUCCUCAAGGAGCUAAAAGUAGCUCUUUCAACGACCCAACUAAAAGACCUGCACAAUUUACCAGUGGCUCGCCUGCUUUGACAGCCAGGAGAAAACGCUCGGCAGGUAUUAAUGAAAACAGAAAGAGUCCACCAAUGUUCCGUAAAUUAGACCACAAAAAGCAAUCCAACUUGAAAGCUGAAAUAUUUGCUCCUGCCGGUUCUUCUCGCCCAGUGGUUACAGAAUAUAAUACCCCUUUGGAUGUGGACCAAAGAGUUUCAGAGAUCGAAGAAGAAAUAAAACCAUUUGUAAAACCUGGGAUCAGACGAGCCCUGUUCAAUGAAAAGCACGAUUUACCCAAGCUUGGUGAGGCGAGUGUUGUGGUUGGUAAUGAAGCUGGAAACGAUUUUGAGGACCCGAGAGACUAUGAAGACCUGUCUUUGAUCCGUAAGCAGCUUUUGCAGAUUGAAAAUCAGCAAUCAAAUUUGUUGGAAAUUCUCCAGGGAUUUAUUGGGAGCUCACAGAAUGGUAUUCACUCUCUGGAAAAACGUGUACACGGUAUAGAACUGGCCUUGGAUGAAAUUUCAUUCGACUUAGCUGUCUCCAACCAGAAGGUUCCAAACAACGAUACCUUGUGCUGCAAGUUUCCAGUAACCGACUUCUUGAGCUCCAAGCUCUGGAGAAAACCGGAAGACUCUGCUACAGUUUCUCGAUUAUCCACUCGUGGGACCCCUUCACUGGCUGCAGCAGCACGCAGCAUACCCGACCAGAACCAGAGAAUUCACUUUCGUGGAGGUCAUGGACUUGUAAUGAACCCGUUGGCUGAAAUCCCGAGAGGCUCCCCGGGGCUUCCGGAAGCUUCCUCGAGUGGAGUUGGAAAAAACUGA